AUGGAUACCAAGGACCGUACAACAACAACGAUUUCUUGUUCAACGCCACACCAAGGCUGCUCUAGGAUUACAAGUUUUCGGACCAUUUCUUCUAAUACCAGCUGCCAACAUGGUGGUCUUGAAGCCAACAGCAGCCAACCAACUGGCCAUGUUCUGAGGGCUGCCAGACCCACUCCUUGCUUUUACUUCACACCCAUCUGCUUAAUAAGCAACUUCAAUACCUGUCCCCUUUUGGAUGACUGCAGCUGGUGCAGUGAAGGCAUCAACAGUAAUGAGAAAGAGACCAUGCAAAUCUUGAAUGAGCGCCUUGCUAACUACCUGGAGAAGGUGCAGAUCUUGGAACAAGAGAAUGCUGAACUAGAGUGCAAAAUCCAGGAAGAGUGUAACAAAGAGCUCUGUGUUGUAUGUCCUGACUACGUGUCCUACUAUGCCACCAUUGAGGAGCUCCAGCAGAAGAUCUUGUGUACCAAGGCUGAGAAUUCCAGACUGGUCUCACAAAUUGACAACACCAAACUGGCUGCUGAUGACUUGAGAGCCAAGUAUGAAGCUGAGGUGUCUGUACGCCAGCUGGUGGAGGCAGACACCAAAGGCCUACAGCAGAUCCUGAAUGCGCUGACCCUGGCCAAGGCUGACCUGGAGGCACAAGUCCAGUCUCUGAAGGAGGAGCUCCUCUGCCUCAAACACAACCAUGAAGAGGAAAUCAAUUCCUUACAGAGCCAGCUUGGGGACAGACUCAACAUUGAAGUGACCGCUGCCCCUUCGGUUGAUCUAAACCGGGUUCUACAAGAAAUGAGAUGUCAGUAUGAGUCCAUCAUGGAGACAAACUGCAGAGAAGUGGAACAAUGGUUCAACAUGCAGAUGGAGGGGCUGAACCAGCAGGUGGUGACCAGCUCUCAACAGCAGCAGUGCUGCCUGAAGGAGGUCACUGAACUGAGACGCACCGUGAAUGCCCUGGAGAUUGAACUGCAGGCCCAGCACCGAAUGAGAGAUUCCCAGGGAUGCAUCCUGGUGGAGACAGAGGCCCGCUACACAGCCUUACUGGCCCAGAUCCAGUGUCUCAUUGAUAACGUGGAGGUUCAGCUGGCAGAGAUCCGGUGUGCCCUGGAAAGACAGAACCAAGAAUACGAGAUUCUGCUGGAUGUCAAGUCUCGGCUGGAGUGUGAGAUUGCCACAUACCACAGCCUUCUGGAGAGUUCAGAUGUCAAGCUUCCCUGUAACCUGUGUGCCACCAAAUGUGAGCUUUCCAGUAAGGCCAGUGCCAUAGAAUGCACAGCCCCAGUUUACAGUACAUCAUCCUCAGCUCCCCGCGGGACACAUGAGCCCUGCAGUGCCUACAGAGUCCUGCCCCGAAUACUGGUUAAAAUCUGCACCAUCACUCAGGAGAUUAAGGAUGGCAAAAUCAUUUCUUCUCAUGAGCAUGUGCAGCCUUGCUUCAUCAUCAGAACUGUCAGAGUUUAA